AAAAACAAAAUUGUGUCACGUCUUACUUUUUUUCUUUUAGGAAUACCAAAAUCUGAUCUCUUGCACACCAAAUCGUUAAGGGGCCAUAAAGACUGCUUUGAAAAAUAUCAUUUGAUUGCAAACCAGGAUUGUCCUCGAUCUAAGCUUUCAAAAAGUACUUAUGAAGAAGUUAAAACCAUUUUGAGCAAGAAGAUAAAUUGGAUUGUACAAUAUGCACAAAAUAAGGAUCUGGAUUCAGACUCCGAGUGUUCUAAAAACCCCCAGCAUCACCUGUUUAACUUCAGGCAUAAGCCAGAUAAAAAGUUACUCCCACAGUUUGACUCUCAAGUACCAAAGUAUUCUGCAAAGUGGAUAGAAGGAAAUGCAGGUGGCCUCUCAAACUGUACACAACGAAUGUUGGAACAGAGGGAGAACACAGACUUUGGGCUUGCUGUGUUACAAGAUUCGGGUGCCACUUUAUGCCACAGUAAUGUACUGUGGCCUCACAGUCACAACCGGGAACAGAAAAAGGAAAAGACCAUCUCUGGUCCAGAGGCUCAUGUCCAGACCCAGCAUCCACAUUACAGCAGAGAGGAAUUGAAUUCGAUGACUCUUGGUGAGGUAAAGCAACUGAAUGCAGAGCUCCAACAACAAAUACAGGGAGUUUUUGAAGAGUUAGCCCACCAAGUGCAAGAGAAGGAUUCUUUAGCCUCAGAGCUCCAUGUCCGCCACGUUGCCAUCGAACAGCUUCUCAAGAACUAUUCCAAGUUACCAUGUCUGCAGAUGGGCCGAACGGGAUUGAAGUCACACCUGCCCAUAAACAACUGAACUCAGCUUACACUUCCUUCCCAUGCUCUGCCAUUUUUUGGUCUGCUGGGCAUGUUCACUUUGAAGAAAUUGAAGAAAGUUAUGGUCAAUUAUUUUAUGGUCAUUAAAUUUGCAAAGAUUAAGGCAACAUCUUUGCCAAAUAAAGCAGACCAUUACACUCUAGUCUUCUAGGGUUAAUCAUUUUGAUUCAUUUGGGGAAUCUGUUUUCCCAUAAUUACUAAAUAGCCCUCCCUAAUUUAUACCACAUGUGACUACUUAAAUAUACUGUUACAGUGUGACUUUAUUAAACAUGUUUUAAUGUAAUUCACCUGUCAAAACAACAGAAGGUUAAUAAAGUUCUUAUAUUAGUCUAAAUUACUAAAGAUAACAAGAGGGAAAUGGAAUUCAUAAUAUCACCUCUUAUUUAUUGAGCAAUAUUUUAAUAUGAAAAUUUUAUAUAUAAAAAUGCUAUUUUAGGUACUUUUCAUCCUCUUUAUAAAUGUGCAUUUGAAUGGCUCUGUAUAUUAUAGUUACACUUCGUGUGUGAGUAUGUUACUCAUAUUUCACAUCACUGCAUUUUAUUCUCUUAAUAAUGUUUUUACAGCUGUUACCUUGUUUUCCAAAGAUAAAUGUAUUUUGGAACAGAAAUCUAUCUAGUUGAACUGUUUUGACUUCUAAUAACUCUUAUGGAAGAGGAGUUAAUAACUUUUUAAAGCAAGUAUACGGGAAAAUAAAAGACAUUAUUUUUUAAUAACAAAAGCAAUUAUGAGUUCAGGAAGAAAAUACUAAUCUAGUUUUUGUAUGUCAGCUUAUCUCUGUAGAAGUAAGAGCCUAUUUUAGUCAGUAUUACUUUCAAUAAUGACUUUGAUGUGUUAGAAUUUGGACAAGAGUUUAAGUCAAGCCUCACUUCCAAGUCAAAUAUAUUAUCUAUCUUCAAAUUUAAUAUGCCAUGAAACUGGUGUCCUAUCUUUGAAAAAAAUUAUUUUGUGUGCUAGAUAAAAGUUCAAGAAUUCAACUGUCCAAAUUCUGUUAACAUCAUUGAAAGUCAUGCCCAAAGAAAGCAUUUCCUAAAUUUUAGAAUCAAAAGGAAAAGAGAAGAUUGCUUGUGACAGAAAAGUAAAAUUCUAAUUCAAAAAAAUAAGCUCCUUUUUAAGAAGAUAUUCUUGUUAGUUGCUUCUCAUGUUUCCAAGAGUUCUGAACAAAUAGGUUGUCUCAAACAGAUAAGUUUUCAAGCCAUAUAGUAUAGUGAAUGCUAUAACCAACGCAGAUUUAAAAUGGGCUCUAAAUUCUGUUUUCUACUGGUACUUAGAAUGUAUUUAUGAGACAGGGUCCUUUGCAUGAAAGCAUCAACAGAAAAGCCCAUUAACUGGGCAGUUUCGUACUUAAAGACAUGAAUAACUUCUGCCUUAAAUUUGGCAGGCUGCCCUGGCUUGGGUCAGAUUUUAGUCUUGAACACAAAGAGUAUUUGACCAAACAAAGAAACACCUCUAUCUAGUAGAAAACAAAUUUUUGUCAUGCUAAAAUAUAAAAUGUGUUAAAUUUGCCUGAGGAUACUAAUUGAUACGUUACUGAUUUUUGUGAAAUAGGUUACUGAUUUUGUGAAACACGACAUAACUGCUUUUUGGAGGGAGCUUUUGAAAGACGCUUUCCAUUUCUCUCGAUUCUUUGAGUCAUCCAAAAUGAAUUUAAAAUCCAAGGAGUGGGGAAUGAAUUCAUUGCCUUAGUUUUGACAAGCUUUAAAUUAAAUGUGUGCAAUAUCAAAAAUCCCUAUAAAUUGUAAGUUGAAUAGGAUGUUUCCUGAUGCCAGUAAGUAUCUCAGUGCUUCAUUGUUAUGGACAGAUGCUCAAAUUUGACUUUACUCUCUUUUUUUGGCAUAAUUCAUUAAGGAUGUUACCAGCCAGUGUGCUUGCACACAUUUGUGCUUCUAUUUAGAUCACUUAGGGACAGUCAUAAAAACUGGGGAUGUGUUGCCUUUGACAGAAGCAGUAGCUUGUUUCCAGAACAGCAGGCAUAUAGUACCAUCCUGAAUACAACAGUGUUAUCCAAAGAAAGUGUUUGCUUAUUUCUGGCAAAUAUGUAGCUUUACUGCUGAGCUUGGCACAAUUAGAUGGGAUCAUAUAGGUACCAAGGUCUUAUUUGGAGACUGACUUACUCCAUUUAGAUAUUUAUACGUAAGCUCUUCAAAGGCAUGGUGCUCUUACAAAAUAUCUGUGGUGCUGGUACUCACACUAGUACUUGAUUUGGGUGGAUAUUCUAGUUUAAAAAAUUUUUUGACAAAAGUAUUUUGCACAGCAGUUUAUCCAAAUAUUUGGUAAACUUAUUUUAUAUUCCUAUGUUAGUUUUCUCAAAUAUGCAGUUAUUCUAUAUGCUAAAGUAAGGAUAAGGGAUAGAGUUGAGUUCUACCUUCAGAGAACAUGAAAUACUCCAAAUAUUGGUUACCAUCCUUGGCCAUUUUUCGGCAGAGUUGUUAGUACUUUUUGAGGAUGUUUAGAAGAAAAUCUCACCUAUACUUUUAGUUUCAAAAAUGGCAAAAAAGAGAUUGCCAGUCAGCUAUUUAAUAGCUUAUAUGAUUAAGAAGAGUGAAAUAAGACUAAUAUUUUUUCACUUUAGAUUUCAUAAUUAGACAAGUUGAAUUAAGUUUAAAAAAUUAGUUUGAAGUUGAAAGUGAUUUUGACAACACAAGAUUGUUCUCUUUAAAGAUUUAAAAUGCUGUCAGCCUUUUAAUUAAGCUAAAAAUGUGUUUACUUUGCGAUUAUUAUCCUUUGAUCCUAGUAUUCAGUGUCCAAAUUAGUCUUUUGAAAGGCAUGCACUUUCAAACCAGACCAGCAAUAGAUGAUGCAUGCAGGCAGCCAGUGUGCCACUCCAUUAUGUAGCUUCUUACAGUGUUGGAGCAAAGAAAUGUUUUUAGUUUUUCAAAUUAUAUGUUCAUUUCACCACAGAGUGCCCAUUUUUAUAAACAUUUGAGGAUUAUUUUUAAAUAAGUUCAUGUUGGAAAGUGAUUUCAGAAAUAUAGUCAAAAUAUACUGUUGGCAUCUUGAGAUUUCUGGGGUUUUUUAUUUUACCGUUUACCACUGAAAAUGGUUUAGAGCUCAUUCUUUUUGUUUAUAUAUUUUUUUACCUUGGUGUUUACGCUGUUCCUUUCAGUCAGCUUUUGCUGUGUGUGUGUGUGUGUUUUUAAUUAAUUUCUGGGGAUAGAUGUGUGUGUUAAUGUUUACAAAUUUUGGCUUUAUUUUGUUUUAGAAGAAAUCUGCUAGUGUUAUUAAUGUUGUAAAAUGUAAUACAAAAUGUAUAUGCUGAAAACUUCAGUAGGAACUUUUAAAGAGUAAAUUAUUUGUGUAGCUCAGUAAGCAGUUCAGUCUAGUGACCAUAAAAUUAGGUUAUGUGACAUAAAAACUUUCAAAUGGUACAGUGUAAAGUUCUUGUAGUGUUAUUUUUAUGCUGAAGUAAGAUGUUUGAGUACUUUUAAAGUACUUAAUAAAUGUUUAGUACUCAAGUCUCUGUUCAGAUGUGGCUGUAAAACAAAGAUAAUUGAUUUCAGUAUUCAAUUGCGUUUUUAAGUUUAGGUUGGUGGAAAUAAUUAUUUGAGGAAAUUUGUGGUGGAAUGGGAGAGAGUUCAUUGACCAAAUAAUAAGGUAAUGAAGCCCUGGCACAAGUAAAUGUAUCUUGGAGAAGGGCUCUAAUACUGUGCUUGGAAUAACAAGGUUCUGUCCAGUGUCUCGGGAUUUUCAUCCACUUCAUCCUUUCAUAACUGCCCUUAUUAAUAAUGUAGCCUAACCUAUUAAGCAACUUGAUCGCCUUGCUGUGAACCAUAUCAUAGCAAGUCUCUAAAACUGAGAUAUCUUUAACACCUAGUUUGUAACAUACACUUUUCAUACUCUUUUUCAUUUUAAAAGAAUCCAGAUUACUAAUGCAUUUUAGUGAUGUUGAAUUAGUCCACAAUUUUAACCUCAACAAAUUACAAAAAUCAUGCAAGUGAGUAUUGCCCUCCACCCUCUGUUCAAAAAGUGUUACUUGGAGCUUCCCUCAACUGCACCAAAAAAAAGAAUUUUAGUAAAUGUGUUUCUUCUUUCAAACAUAGAAUGUUUACUGCCAUCCUGCUGCCUCCAAAAGAGGCAUUUUAGAAAGUGUUCAGUAGUGACUUCUGUUAAAUGCUAUUCAUACUUUUAUAAUUUGUGUGUGUGUGUUAAUCUUGCUUUAAGUUUUAGCAGAACAUUCAAAAUUGUCUAAGAUUUGAGAAAAGAAAAGGAAGCUGCCAUGAUGAAAACCAAGUUGGUUUCAAAAUUUAUUUAGACAUUACUUGGCUGUUAUACUUUCCUUUUAAAACUGCAAUAAUUUAUAUAUUUCUAUUGCUCUGCUUUGGAACUGUAACUACAUAUGCUUGUCUACUAUUUUUAAUUUUACAAAAAUAAAAUAAAUAUUUUAUUAUCUGUUA